AUGGCCAACCUCACGAAGCUCGAACAGCACCUCGCAAGCCGAUCCUACGUCGAAGGAUACGCUCCAUCGCAGGCAGACGUACACGUUUUCAAGGCCAUUGCAUCGGCUCCAGAUGCCUCCGCCCAACCUCAUGUAGCUAGGUGGUACAACCACAUCAAGUCCUAUGCUGCAGAGCACGACUCUCUUCCUGGGAGCAGCACAGCAGGCGAAGCUUUCGUGGGAGGCGACGCCGAAGCCCCCGCCGGCGCUGCGGCUGAUGACGACGACGACGUUGAUCUCUUCGGCAGUGAUGACGAAGAGGACAACGCUGAGGCUGAACGCAUCAAGGCCGAACGUGUUGCGGCUUACAACGCAAAGAAGGCCGGAAAGGCUAAGACUGUUGCUAAGUCCGUCGUCACUUUGGAAGUCAAACCCUGGGACGAUGAAACGGACAUGGCAGCUCUGGAGAAAGCGGUACGAUCAAUCGAACAAGAUGGCCUCCUCUGGGGUUCCAGUAAGCUUGUCCCCAUCGGAUACGGCAUCCGAAAGCUGCAGAUUACGCUUGUCGUUGAGGAUGAGAAGGUCUCUACCGACGAACUCCAAGAAAAGAUCGCUGAGUUCGAGGACUACGUUCAGAGUACUGAUAUCGCCGCCAUGCAGAAACUGUAG